AGUGUUUGUCUUUCCACCCCGUCUCGACGCUCAAUGCUAAUCAAAUUGGACGAACUUUACGACAAAACGAUAAAAACGCAAUUAGAUUAAUGCCCAUUAUUACAUUUACGGCCGUGAUAAGAAAGUGCAAAAAAAAGUAUAAAACGCGCCGAUAAUUUGGCAAAAAUGUGCAAAAUGUGGGGUAAAGUCUUCCUUCUUGGCAGCUGUUUGCUCAUUUCGUCGGUGCCUGCCCAAAACACCUCAUUGGAGCUCCAACAAGGGCAAAACCUCGAUUCCUUGCUCUCAACUCUUCGAAAUGACGCCCUGAACCCUGUUAGUGGCCUUCUUGGAGGCGCCUCACAAGUUUUACAAAUUUUGGGUUCAGGGAUCCAAUCCCUUUUGCUCGUUUUGAACGUCGGAGUGGACAAAAUCAACAUAAUCGUCCUUGCAACACUCGGCACAAUGCUGGACAAGUUUUUUACAACAAUGCAGGAAGUUCCGGUCACACUUUUGAACGUUUUGACUCGACUUGUACCCGAUUUUUUGGGCGGGAAAAGUCUGGAUCAGUUCUACAUGAAACAGGAGAAGUGUAAUAGGAUUUUUUCGCGGCCUUUGAUUCUCGAAGGGGUUACGAAAGCUGCCGCUUGUAUUAACUACUACUUGAACCAGAUUGUGUCGCAGUUGGUUGUGGUUCUUGAAGAUAUGAAGAAAAUUUUGAAAAUUCUCUCCGAUGCGCUGUUAGAGUUGAAGGAAGAUUCGUUGGGGGAAAUGCCGAAGACGGUUGGGAGGUUUUUCGAGUCUGAGGGGUGGAAAAUUGUAAAGUCGAUUGUCGGGGAUUUACCGCAACCUUUUAUUAGUUUGGCGAGAGCAAUUCCGGGUCUGGUGAUCUGUGCGGUUAAUAUUGUGGUCACUUUUGCGAGGCAGGUUCUGGGACAGGUGGUCCCACAUUUGAAAUGUAGUUUCAAGAAUUUUGAAUAAAAGUUUGAACUGA